UUCUUCUUCUUCCAUCCCCGACCAUUUCUCUCGAUCCAACUGGCUCUUUCUAACAACAAAGUCCACGACAAUAUUUAUAACAAAAAACGAAUAUGAAAAUUUGUUUCAUCCUUAAUAUAUAUACUGUCUAAUUCCCAGAUAGCUUCCAUUCUCAGAUUCUCGUACCAUCCUACAUUUUGCCUGAAAAAGUGGUGUCAACACAAAGAGACAGGCGAUAACAAUGUCGUGGAUAAGAACAGCGGUGAACAAAGCAGUGGAAGCUGGGGGCCGGAACAACUUCACUCGCACCGUCCGCAACUACGCCGGCUAUGCCGUCUCCGAGGGCGUCAAGAUCAUCCAUGACCGCAUUGGUCCUGGGAAUUUGAAAAGCUUUAAGCUCACCAUGAAACGAUUGGAAGAGGUUUCUGUGUCGUGUAGGGGGACAGAGAGAGUUCAAUUACUAAGAAGGUGGUUGGUGGCCCUUAAAGAAAUAGAGAGUCUAUCCGUGGUUUCUGGAGAGGACAUAGAAAAAAGUCCCGAAGAACAGCUUGCUUCUGAUGAAUCUAAUGACUCUCCAAGAAAAGCUGCUUUGGUUUAUUAUGUUGACUCUGACAUGGGUGGUGAACUUAGGAAUUUUCGUGAUGCCUUUCUUCAAAGCCAAGCUCUUGAAGGUAUAACGUUGUCCAUGAUUCUUGAAGCACCAAACGAGGAGGAAGUUUCACUACUUCUGGAGAUAUAUCGGCUCUGUCUUUCAGGAGGAAAGGAAGUUCACAAUGCAAUAAUGAGCAGUGUACAGGAUUUGGCGAAAGCAUUCUCAGGCUACCAAGAUGAAGUACUGGUUAAGCGAGAAGAGUUGCUGCAAUAUGCUCAAGGUGCAAUUACAGGGUUGAAAAUGAAUGCUGAUCUUGAAAGAAUAGAUGCUGAAGCUGGUAUUCUAAAGGAAAAACUUGAUAAAAUGAAUGCAUCUCAGUGUCCAGGCGAAGGUUGUGAAAGAUCUCAUGAAGAAACAACUUCUGCAGUGGUAGAGGCUCCACAAGAAGCAAUUGCACAAAUUCAACUAUGUUUCCAGUUGGAGGCACUUUUACUGAGGAAAAAGUCCUUGAGCAUUGGUGAUUCUCCAGCACUUCAUGCUGAAAAGGUUGAUAAAUUGAAAGUAUUAUCGGAAUCUCUGGCUAACUCUAACUCGAAAGCUGAAAAGCGGAUUUUAGACCACAGGUCUCAGAAAGAAGAAGCUCUCAAUUUUCGUGUGGCUAAAGCCAAUGAAGUUACCCAGCUUGAGAAGGAACUGAUGGUGGAAAUUGGAGAACUUGAAAAGCAAAGAGAUGAACUUGAAGCUAAAUUGAAAAAGGUCAAGAACUCUUUGGCUGUUGCUAAUGCACGGUUAAACAAUGUGAGAGAAGAAAGAGAGAAUUUUGAUGAAGCAAGUAGUGAGAUUCUUACACACUUGAAAACAAAGGAAGAUGAGCUGUUGAGAUCCAUUUCUUAUUGUCGAGUAGAAAGAAAUGUUGUCGAUACAUGGGUCACUUUUCUGGAAGAUACCUGGGUUCACCAGACCUUGUAUACAGAGCAACGGGAGAUGCAGGUCAAUGGUGAACUGGAGAGAUAUGGAGACAACUUUGUGAAUCUGGUUAUUAAUCUUCUCUCUACUUACAAGGAAAUGUUGAAGCCUUCCAUAGCUCAUACCAGGAAACUUGUCGACGACUUGGGUUCUAGUCAAGGGUCCAAAAUAUCUCCUAGAAUAGAUGAUGAAAGUUCAAAAGUGACAAAUCCAAGAAAAAAGCUUGAAGAAAAAUAUUUGAAUAUUGAAGCCAAGUUCGUAACCACUUUAAGUGUUGUGGACACAAUGAAAAGGCAGUUUUGCAAUCAGAGUGAAGGCAUUUUUAGAAAAGAUGAUCAGAAGGUCAAAGAGCUGUUUGAUGACCUGGAGAAAAUAAAAGAAGAAUUUGAAUCAAUUACAAGACCGAAAUUAGAAAUCGAGACUCCAACUCGAAAGUUAGAGACACCAUCCAGCAAUGGUCCCCAUCAAAGUCCAUUCCUUGACUCAAAACAGAAUACUGUGGCUUUGGAAGAGAAACAAGAUGAGGCCAUGACUAAGAGACUGAAUGCAUUGGACUCUGAGGCAGAGCCGACAAAAGUAGAGCUGGAAAUUGGUCAGUUUAGUGGAGAUGAAUUGGCAGAGGAGAUUGGUGACUGGGAGUUUGAUGCUAUUGAACAGGACCUAAAAACAAGCAGCUGA